UUGUAAUAUAACAAAUAACACAUAUAAUUGGAAUUUAAAAUCACCUAAUUAUUAAGGAUAAUGAAUUCAAGACAAACUUUAAAUGUUUACUUGUCUUGGAUAAGUUUAUUUAUUCUAUCACAAUAAUUAUAAAUACUAAGAUUGAAGUAAUUAAUAAUGAUAAAUAGUUAUAACUUAGAUAAUAAUAGAAACACCGACAUUGAUAAAAACAGUAACCAUGCCAUUUUUUGAAAAAAUAACGAAACGUUGGCAAGUAUAUUUUCUGAUUUUAUAUUUGCACUGUUGUUUAAUUAAUUCAAUAAAUAGCAUCGAAAAAGACUUAAAAACAACAGUGACAAGUGCAUCAGAUCAAAACACUUGUGGAGAUUAUUUAACAGCUCUAAAAGGUUCAAUUCAUACACCUUCUUUUCCAAACCCAUUUCUUGUUCCUAUAAAAUGUCGUUGGAUCAUUGACGCAUCCGACGUAUUUUCUACUAAUAAUCAUUCAAUCAUUAUAUACCUCACUCAAGUCUACGUUUACAAAGGACUCAAAUUUACCGAAUACGCGUAUUAUGAAUCAGAAAAUACCAAUUUUGGAGGAACUCUUAUUCAAAAAAUAACCGAAGGAAAUAUUUUUAAACAUCGAAAGCUACAAACAAAUAGACCCUUUCUCGUGGUUGAAUUUGAGCUUGAAAGACUUGAAGGGAAUCAUGUUCGUGUUUUGGAUCAUUUUUUAUAUGUUUAUGGUUUUAAUAUUACUUAUGAAAUAACUGCAGAUGAUGAUUCUGUGGAUAUUAAUUCAUGUUCAAUACAAGAUUGUUCUUUCAAUGGAAAUUGUAUUCUUGGUGCUAAAUAUCGUAAAUUUUCCUGUGAAUGUUUCGAUAAUUUUUAUGGAGAAAAAUGCUCCAAUGGACCAUUUUGCUUCGACGACAACAAUACUCCUAUUUGUAAAAAUGAAGGGAUUUGCAAUCAUAUAGGUUCAACGGCAAUGAUUUGUCAAUGUAAAUCAAAUUUCAUCGGUCAUUAUUGUGAAAUACCCAUUAAGAAUGAAAAAUUGAUGCAAGAUCAAUGUCAAGAUGAAAAUCGUGAUGACGAUGAUGAUUAUGAUGUUGGUGGAUGUAUUUAUCAAUGCCCUGUUUUGACUGAAACGAACAAUUAUAAACCUUGUGACUGUGUCGAACCCAUUCUAAUUUAUAAUGAUCGUGCACGAUAUGAGUGUCAUAUAAAAUUAUCAAAUGGAACUUUAUUUCGGAGUAGUUUAACUUCAUCUACAUCAGUUCAGCUAUCCUCUACAUGGGAGACGCUGUUAAAGAAACAGCUUAUCAAAUAUUUGCGUAACUUUGAUAUAAUUAAAAUGGAAGACUUCAAAAUUACGAAUGUCACAUCAUCUGCCGAAGUGAUAUUUCAUUUUUAUGGAUUAUCUAGUGAAGGCGAUAGAAUUCGUGAUGCUUUGAAUCGUCUAGUUCAACGACGACGCCUAAAUGACUUCACUUUAGAAUCUACUCAUUUUACAUUUCAACAAAAUCCAUUAUUAAAACUUCAGUCUCUUAAUGUGAUGAAUUACAUUAAUGAACGUGAUGUUCGAUUAAACGAUGAACUUAUAUUAUCUUGUAUCGCUCAAGGAAGUUCUGAUAUAAAUUUUUUAUGGUACAAAGAUGAUAUGUUGGUAAAUACUAGUAAAUCAAUCAGGAAAAUGUCAAUUGAAAAUACUGUUUCAAAUGAUGGAUUGACUUUCAUAUCUUUCCUCAAAAUCAAUAAGGCAACUCUUUUGGAUAAAGGACAAUACACGUGUCAAAUAAUAGAUUCAGGAAUGCAACAAUGCAAACAGAUUUACAUCAACAUAAGAGAUGAGCCGAAUGUUAAAAUACUUCCAAUGAGUGUAACUGUUGAAAAAAGUAGUAAUAUACAAUUAACAUGUAUUACACCUAACAUGAAUAGUUUAGGCAUUGGUUUUGGUUGGACAAAGAAUCGUGCACUGCUUAAACUUGAUCCUAAUAAUCAUGUAUGGGAGGAUCUAUAUCCGGCAGGAAGUAUUCUAAAAAUUAUUAAUAUUCAGAAAUCAGCAAUAUUCACAUGUAACGUUGCCCAUCGAUCUAUGUCUGUUCGAGUGGAUGUGAUUAAUCGUACUUUAAUACCUAUAUGUACCAGUGAAAAAGCAUGGAAUUUAUAUUGGCCUGAUACAGGACCAGGUUCAGAAGCUUUUCUUGAAUGUCCUCGACAGUUUGUCGGUAACAAAAUUUCUCGAUUAUGUAUGAUGGAAAAUUCAACAACUGCUAUGUGGCAAAUUCCAGAUUUUUCAGAGUGUUUAUAUAAGUCAUUUACUUUUCCCUACUCUAUCUUUCAAAGCUUAACUUUAGGUUUUCAAAAUAUUACUGGAUUAUACCCAAAUACGUUUAUAAUUUUUUGGGAAAUUUUACAACAGCGGCAAAUGCCACUUUAUCCUGGAGAGGGUGAUCGUUUACUACGUAUCCUAGCUGAAAUAGAACAUUAUUAUCGAAAUACUAUAAAUGAACCAAUUGAACUUUACAAUUCGGCUGAUUCAUUCAUGUUUAUUGUUAAUCGAAUACUUGAUGAUGAUAAUUCUAUUAUAAGGCAUUACAAUCGAUUAUUAUUACAGCAACUUAUUCUGAGAAAUUUACAGUAUUGGAUAAAAAAAUUGUUGAUAAAGUCUAAUUCUGAUAAUCAAAAUAAUCAUCUUCAAUAUCAUUUGGCAUUGUCUUCGAUGGUAAUUGAUAUUCAACCAUUUCGUUGGUCAGGCUAUAAUUUAGAUGGUCCAGAUAUUCACGACAAUAAUCAUCAGUUUCUUACUUUUGACAUUCCAAUCGAUGAUUACAUAUAUCCACAUUGGUAUAAUAAUAAUGAAAUUACUGUUAAAUUAUUUAAACGUAAUGAUCUUCAUGUAAAUAUUGACACAUCUAUGAUUGGUGCUGUUGUACUUUUUAAAAAUAUGACUCGUUUUUUACCUCAUACAUAUGUUAAAGAAUUGAAAGAUGGGACUGAUUUUGAAUAUCAUUUUUAUUCAAAAAUUGUGACAGUUGCAAUAUUUCCUUCAAAUGAUAUUACUAACACCAAUACCCAAGUAGAGUUAACAAUUCAUCAUUUACAACAAAAUCGAUCAGCAUUAUGGAAUAUAUCUUGCGGUAUGGAAGACCCAUUUUCUGGAAACUGGGAUUUAGAUGCUUGCAUUACAAUGCUGCUUCCUAAUCAGAUGUCAACUUUGUGCACGUGUCCAAGUCCUGGAACUUUUGCGCUUUUUUUAACAGCACGUGCAAUCAGAGUAUCUCUUGCUACAAAUUGUCGAACUUCAACAUUCAUUGUACUUUUGGGCUGUACUUGUGGUUUACUUCAAUCUGUGAUAUCAAUUUUUUUCCUAAGCUAUACUUUUUGGAAACAUCGUAAUUGGCUAAACUUUUUAAAAUUACAAUUUUCUAUAGCAUUGAUCGGUGUAAUGAUUUUUUUUAUCUAUGCCACGUAUUUUACAGAAUUAUCAGAGGAUUCAUUUGCAAUAAUUGCAGUGAGUUUAGAAACAUUAUUUUCGAUAGGAAUGUCAGCUCCUAUAUCUCAAGCAUUAAUUGUUUAUGCUGAACUUAUGCAAAUCCGUCCAAACAGUCAGCAUUUUCAACCAACAAUCAUUGCAAUAAUUACGGGCUUACCUAUUUUAUGUAUACUAACAACUGAAUUGAGCCACCAAAGUACAGGAAAUCAACAUGAAACUUGGUGGUUAAAAUUCGGUAGUGGAGGGUACAAUAAUUUCAUCAGCUGUGUUAUUACGAUGAUAUUAAUAUUCAUUGUUUUAUACACUGGAAUAUUGCGUAAAAUACGAAUAAAUUCUAAUAAAAAUAGUAUUAUUAUGAAAAAACAAUUAUUAGAACAAAAUGUCUGUGUUGUUCAUCGAGCAAUUGCAAUUUUAUGUGUAUUUAUAUUCACUAUGAUAUCUUCUAUUUUUUAUAUCAAUUCUAAUGAUGAAAUAUAUCACUACAUUUUUGCAUCAUUAUCAGCAUUUCUUGGUUUUAUUAAUUUAUUUAUGAAUGUGGGUAAUCGAGAAAUGAUAUCAAUUAUAAAUGCUGUUUUUUGCCAAUUUAACUGGAAAAAUAUGAUAAAAAAAGACUUGAUCACAUCUGAUUCAAUCAAAGUAUGUACUAAAAUUUCUACUGACUUUGACAAUGAAAAUGCUGCACCAAUUAUUCCACUUACCAAUGUGGGAAUACGUAAUGCUCCAAUUUUAUGUAAAAGUACUGAUGCCUGUGGAAUCAAUGCACAUAAUGCUACUCUUCAGACGAAUUGCAGUGGUGGGAGUGUUAGUACUGUAAAUAUGCGUAAAUAUAUAAAUCCAUCAUUACCAGAAAAAUCAAUUAUUAAAUCAUCUACUUCUCAUACUGCAAGCUGUUAUUAUCCAGAAAAAAGUAAUAAUGCAAGUAAUAAUCAAAGUUAUGCAUUAGAUGAUAUUAAUUUAGAAACAUAUAGCACAAGUCCACGUAAAUAUCAAGAAUUUAAUAAUAUCAACACGUUUCCUAAUGAAAACCCUGUACCUUUAUACUUGGUACCUGAAUAUCAUGCUAGUUCACGUACCAAAGUUUUCAGUACUUCAGAAAUUUCUUCAACAAAAGUUCUUCGCUGUAGUGCUGAUAUUGAAUCACGAAUUAAUAAUGCAGUAGCUAUGCCUGAUAUAACAUUAGCAACGGCUGCAACAGAUACAGGGCAUAAUAUUUCAAAUACAGUUGAAGUAAUCCAUCGAGAGCGUGCUAAUGUUAUUCCUGAUAUAGCAAGCUCUAUUUCUGAAUGUAAAAAACCUGAUUAUCAUCAACAUUCGAACAAUAAACAACCAAAUGAAGAUAUUUCUGAUAAUGAGCAAAAUACAAAUGGUAUGUUAGAUCGUAUUUCACAUGAUCUCGAUUAUUUAUUAAAUCGAACACAACAAAAUAAAAAUGACGAGUAAUGAUAAUAAUAACAAUUAUUAUUAUUGGGUUGGCAAGAAAAUUGUGAAACACUUUUAUGAUUUAAAUAUUUUAGCAUGCAGAGUAUCAUGAUACUACCAAUAUAUCUCUGCCUUCAAGGUAGAUACAAGUUAUUGAUAGACAUGGUGACUGCAUUGGAAAUUGAAGUUUGUUGACUAUUAAAUAAAUAAUAAAAUUAAAAGCUGUUUUAAGUGCUUCACUAUUUUCUUCAUGAAUGAAUUAUGAAUCUAUAUUAUGUUAAUAAUUUAAUAAUCAGUAAAAUUAAGUUCUUUGAAUAAAAUAAUGAAAAAUGUAUCAUAACAGUA